AAUAGAAUAUUCAAUAUUGGCAAUAUUGUCAGCAAAAAAGUGAAAAGUUGUUGAGAUGAAGAACCGGUGGUGGAGAUGUGACAAGGCCAACAUGUCCAAUUGUGUGCACCUGGUUUAAGUGGUAAGCCUAUGAAUAAGCCGGAGGCAGAGUGCAUGUGGAUCUAAUGGACUCUGUUUCUCUGCUUCAAAGGGGAUGGGUUUCAGACUGAAUCUCAAGUGGGUUUCCCCAUUUCAGUCUCAUUGUUUCACCACUUCCUCUUGCAGGCUCUCUUCUGCUUCUGUUCGAGGCAGGGAGGGAUGCUUUAACUCAGCAAGGUUGUCGUUCCUGUCUAUAAUAUCCGAGGAGGCAUGUAGCUAUUCUCAGGAUCGUGCAAAAGCAUAUGCUUAUUCAUCUACUGGACCACAGACCUUAGAAUAUGAUUACUCAGAAACAGACGAAAUGUUGCAGAAAUCUGCUUCACAAAGGGGCCAAAACAUGUGCGGUACAUCAGAUUAUAGUUUACUAAUGGAAAAUCUUUAUGUUUUAGAGUCAACAUUUGCUGAUUCAGAUGUGUUGAGAUUGGAAAGAGAUAUUCUGCAACAACUUGGAAGACUUGGAGCUCUCAAAUUAUUCAAUGCAUGUCUAUCUAGGACACCAAAAACCUCAAGUAUUUUUAAUUUGUCUGAUGUCCCUGUUGUGCAUGUUGAAGAGCAUACAAUGAAGGGCACAGUGGAGACUCACAAGGGGAAGAUAAUUAUUCACUCUAAAAGGAAAGAAAAGAGAAAAUCAAGGACAGAAAGAGUAUCGGGAAAGUCUAGUAAAACUUCUUUAUUGUCAUUGCCUUCAGAAGCUGUCUGUGGAAAAUUUCAGCGGCACACUGUAUCUUUAAUGAGCAGAGAAUUGAACUCUAGAAGUAGAAGAUCAAUGAUCGCUAGAAAUGAGGCAGAGAUGUCAAAGGGAGUUAAGGUGGUUGCAAACUUGGAAAGAAUCAGAACAACUUUAGAAGAAGAAACCGGGCAAGUUGUCAGUUUGAGUUGCUGGGCUGAAGCAGCUGGACUCAGUGAAAAGGUUCUGCAGCAGUGUCUGUGUUUCGGUUGGUAUUGCAGAGAGGAGCUGCUAAGGAGUACACACUCCCUAGUGUUAUACCUUGCAAGAAAUUACAGGAGUCUAGGAAUACCAUUAGCAGACCUACUUCAGGCUGGAAAUUUUGGUGUGCUACAAGGUGCGGAGAGGUUUGACCAUACAAAGGGAUAUAGAUUCUCUACCUAUGUUCAGUACUGGAUAAGGAAAUCAAUUUCAAAGAUGGUGGCAUCGCAUGCUACGGGAAUCAAGAUUCCUUGCUCCCUAAGCAGGUCAAUAAAUAAAAUUCAGAAAGCUCGAAAAGCCUUGAAUAGUGUCCAUGGAAAAUAUCCAGAAGACAUUGAGAUUGCCAAGUUCACAGGUCUUUCUUUGGCUGAAAUCAGAUCAGCUAGCAAAUGCCCGAGAGUUGUGGGGUCGAUUGAUCGGAAAAUGGGGGAUUGGCUUAAUGCAAAAUACGUGGAAUUUAUGCCAGAUUUGUCUAUUAACUGUCCUGAAGAAAUUGUGACAAGGCAACACAGGAAGAAAGAUAUUCAUAAUCUUUUACAGAAUUUAGAUUCAAGGGAGAGACAAGUGUUGAUUCUAAGAUAUGGGCUUAAGGAUCAUCGCCCUCGGUCACUUGAAGAGAUUGGGAAGCUUUUCCGUGUGAGCAAAGAGUGGAUAAGAAAAAUAGAGAAGAAAGCUAUGACAAAAUUGUUGGAUGAAGAAGCAUGCCGAGACUUAAGCCAUUACUUGCAUGUGUAGUUUCCAUUGAAACAGUAACUUCCAUGUUCUUCUUUCCUUCAAGAAGAAAAGGAAUUGAGAUUGGGAGAAGUGGCGAAUCUGAAACAGGUCGGAUAGCUUUUCAUCAGAGUGCCAACUCAUUCAUCACCAAGAACAUGCAAACCAGUGAGGUAUGGCAUUUCUGUCAGAGGCAUUAUUUCAGGAAGAGUGUUAAUGUGUGAGUUUUCUACCAUGCAAAAAAAAAAAAAAUUGAAUGAUUCAUACAUAAUACUUUGAUUUUGUUAUUUGAUUCUGAGUGGGGUUAGUCAAGGAUGUACAUUUAUGUUGGCUUUGUCUCCAUUAUUGUAUAAUUCUUUUGUUGAUCUCAGAAGAACUUACAACAUUAUUCUCUAGCUACUAUAUUGUAUACUAUAAAUUAUCAAUUAAUUUUUCUUUAUAUGAAUGAUUUCAGAUUGCUUCA